UGUUACUUAGCUGUAGAAUUCUCCUGUAUUUAGUUUGCCACAGUUUGUUUGUUUUUAAUGCACGCUGUGACAAAGAAAUCCUGAAUACCAGAGUGUAGCAUGAGGAAUCAGCUCGUUUGGGGCUGACGUUUGUGAAGAUGGGGGCUGUGAUGGUGACCUUUUUCAUACUAAUGAAACAGAGGAACUACAGCAGAGACAGUGUAGAAGAUGAAAUGGAAAUGGCCACAGUGCGGCAUCAACCCGAAGCCCUUGAACUCCUGGAAGCACAAAGCAGAUUCACCAAGAAGGAACUUCAGAUCCUGUACAGAGGGUUCAAAAAUGAAUGUCCCAGUGGGAUUGUUAAUGAAGAGACCUUCAAAGAAAUUUACUCCCAGUUCUUCCCACAGGGAGAUUCUACAACAUAUGCACAUUUUCUGUUCAAUGCAUUUGACACAGAUCACAACGGAUGUGUGAGUUUUGAGGAUUUUGUAAUGGGCCUUUCAAUUUUGCUCCGGGGCACAGUGCAGGAAAAACUCAACUGGGCUUUUAAUUUAUAUGAUAUAAAUAAGGACGGCUAUAUCACUAAAGAGGAAAUGCUGGAUAUUAUGAAAGCUAUAUAUGAUAUGAUGGGGAAAUGUACUUAUCCUGUUCUUAAAGAUGAUGCUCCAAAACAACAUGUGGAAACCUUUUUCCAGAAAAUGGACAAGAAUAAGGAUGGUGUAGUUACCAUAGAUGAAUUCAUUGAAAGCUGCCAAAAAGAUGAAAACAUAAUGCGUUCCAUGCAACUCUUUGAAAAUGUGAUUUAACCUCAUGCAGUUCUCUCUUCAAUUAAUGGACAAUAUGAACAAUUCUGCAGCAACAAAUCCAUAAAGCUGUUGCCACUUUUACCAUAAAACAGGAUUGCUCAGCUUUACACUGAGAUGUGUAUAAUGCAAAUAAGCUUUGUUUAAUUAAAGCCUUCCUACUGAGACUGUAUUUUUCCACUAGUUCAGGUAAAACAGUCCUGUUCAACAAUGCUCUUGUAGUUGUUCUGAAAGCCUCAUUUGAUUCAGAGAUCAAUCCAAAGAAAACAACAAAAAUGAAUACUGCAUUAUUGCCAUCCCAACCUUGAAAGAAGAGGUCCUGGAGAGAUGGAAAAGGGCAGGAUAUGUAACUAAUUUUUAUUAAAUAGUUUCUAGAAUAUAAAACUGUGAUUUCAUGCCCCCUUUUUGUAUUAACGCCAUUUUACACUAUUCUCAGUGAUAGGUCAUUACAGCCAAUUAUACUUUGAGUACAACUGACUAUCCUAUGCAUAGCUGGGAUUUCUACGGGGAAGAGUACGGCUCUGUUCCAAGUCCCCUCACCACACACAAGACAUCACACCAGCCCAUUACUGAAAACAGGAAGCCUGAAUGCAUCUAAGCUGCCUCUCUGGAACUAGUGGUCCUUGACUGAGGGGAGCAGCUGGGCAAACAUAUAGGAGGCAUCUACAGGUCCUCUGCUACCCAUAAUGACAUGAGACACUGCGGAUUUGUCAAAUAUGCACAUGUGUGCGCAUAACUGUCAUGGGGCAGAGGGAGAACCAGAGGCCAUUAUACUAUACAGAGAUCCUGGUCAUGUGGGGAAGAAUUGUGCUCUCAGUAUCUUGAUGCAGUGACCGGCAAUUUAUUUAUUUUUAAAUUCCAUGAUCUACUCAUUUUAUAGAAAAAGUUCUUUUUAUAGUAUAAAGUUUAAAUGAAUGAAUGAAUUAAUAGUUGCCUAUGGCAAACAGCUUCUGUCCUCGACUACCAGUUGAAUUAAA